AUGUCCAGCGGAGCUUCCUGUGGAGCUCCGCUAGAUACAGCGUCUGCACUCAGACUCCUGUCGCUUUUCCGAGCAUCUCUGCAGCCCGUAUUUCUGUCUCUAUUUUCCUAAUAGCCCGGCCGGCCGGGACCCGCUGCAGGGUCAGUGUCGUGGGUCUCUGUGACUGAACAAGCCGGUGUUUCCCCCCCUGUUUUCCGGGGUUCUCCUUUCUUCAGGUGGGGGUUCUAGACUGAAGAGCUGAUUGAUGCCUGAAUGAGCUAACCUCCGGACUGUCCUCACAGAGCCGCACAGGCAGCAGUGUCUCUGGGGCUGCAGGUCAUUGCUUGGCAGUUCAUGUUGUCUCGCCCCCACCGAAGUUGGAGGCCAGUUGGAGUUGGGCAGCAGGUCCUCAGCAGAUGCAGUGAUGCGGGCUUCAGCGGCAGGCUGCAGGAUGAGCUUGGGUGCGCUCCUUAAUGGGUUGCUGGUUUCUGUGGUUGCGGCUCUGCUUUGGAAGUACUCCAAACUGAGUGAGCAUGUUGCCUUGCUGGAGGAGGAGCUGCAUAUGACACAGCAGUCCCAGGAGCUCUCUCAGGCCCGCAUCGACUACCACGUCGCCCUGCAGGCUCUCCAGGAACAUGGCACCCGCAUGGUGUGCACUGGCAAGAUGCACACUGACCGCAUCUGCCGCUUUGACUAUCUGUGCUACUCCACCGAGGCAGAGGAGUUUGUGUUUUUCCACUCCAACUCCUCCAUCAUGCUGCCUAACCUUGGAUCCAGGCGCUUUCAACCUGCCCUGCUGGAUUUGUCCUCGGUAGAGGAUCACAACACCCAAUAUUUCAACUUUUUAGAUCUCCCAGUGGCAGCUUUAAAGUUCAUGCCCAAACCCGUGUUUGUACCAGAUGUGACUCUGAUCCUCAACAGAUUUAAUCCUGAUAACCUAAUGCAUGUAUUCCAUGAUGACCUUCUUCCAGCCUUCUUUACCAUGAAGCAGUACUCAGACUUAGAUGAUGAGGCUCGUCUCGUGUUCAUGGAAGGAUGGGGUGAAGGGCCACACUUUGACCUCUAUCGACUUCUCAGCAGCAAGCAGCCACUUCUCAAAGAACAGCUGAGGAACUUUGGAAAGCUAAUGUGUUUUACUAAAUCUUACAUUGGUUUGUCCAAAAUGACAACCUGGUACCAGUAUGGGUUUGUUCAGCCACAGGGGCCCAAAGCCAACAUUUUGGUCUCAGGGAAUGAGAUCAGGCAGUUUGCUAAGGCUCUGAUGGAGAAAAUGAAUAUAACAAGGGUGGAGGAGGCAGAGAGGGAUGGAGGAAGUUCAGAGCAAGAGAGGGAGAGAGACAAGAAGGAUGAAUACAUCGCUGUGUUUAGUCGCUCAACAACAAGGUUAAUACUAAAUGAAGCAGAGCUAAUAAUGGCCUUAGCCCAGGAGUUCCAGAUGAGAGUAGUCACAGUAUCCUUGGAAGAACAGUCUUUUCCGAGUAUCAUCCAGGUGAUCAGUGCCGCCUCCAUGUUGGUCAGCAUGCAUGGAGCUCAGCUUAUCACCUCGAUGUUCCUCCCCAGAGGUGCAACUGUGGUAGAGCUAUUCCCGUUUGCUGUGAACCCAGAGCAGUACACCCCAUAUAGAACCCUCGCCUCCCUUCCAGGCAUGGACCUUCACUACACCAGUUGGAGAAACUCUAUGGAAGAAAAAACUGUCACCCAUCCAGACAGACCAUGGGAACAAGGUGGUAUUGUCCACUUAGAAAAAGAGGAGCAGCAACGCAUCAUGGCGAGCAUGGACGUCCCUAGGCACCUGUGCUGCCGUAACCCGGAGUGGCUUUUCCGAAUCUACCAGGAUACUUUGGUCGAUAUUCCAUCGUUCCUCAAGGUCCUCAGAGACGACAUGAAAAAUAAACCAAACCUGAAGAAAACAAAGAUAGCCAACACGGUCCACCCUGGCCGGGUCAGAGAAGCCCACUGUCAGACAUCAGUACAAACCCCUCAUGAGGCCAGACUUACAGUCUCUUGGCAGAUCCCGUGGAAUCUGAAGUACCUGAAGGUGAGAGAGGUGAAGUACGAGGUGUGGAUCCAGGAGCAGGGAGAAAACACCUACAUGCCUUAUAUCCUUCCUCAACAGAACUACACUUUCUCUGAGAACAUAAAGCCCUUUACUACCUACCUGGUGUGGGUGAGGUGCAUCUUCAACAAGAACCUUUUAGGCCCAUUUGCAGAUGUUCUAACAUGUCGGACCUAAUGAACACAGGGCCACCUUAUUGCUUUCCUACUUUCUCAUUGGAAGUGACUGCUUGAUUACAUUUUGACCAGUCUUGGUAAAUAAACAGUAUUAAACAAAUCUUUGCAGUUCCAGGGCAGACAUCGUGACACACUGGCUUCUGAAGGACUGCUAAAGACAGAGGAGGGUUGCUCCUCUACUACUGUUGAUGAGGACUUAAAAGGUUAUUUCUUACACCUUCAAGCACAUUCUCCAAUGAUACUACAAGAACUUAAGUGAGCAGAUGUAUUUAUGAGAAGAAUAUUAUGAGAUUUUAGGACAAGUCUAAACACUGGAUUCUACCUUUUAGAAUAUGCAAUGUAGCUUUUGUGCGAUAGACGAGAAAGAUUAUAUAACCCCAGUGCUAAUAAUGUUGGGACGUUGUUGUUCAACCUAUAUGCAAAUGAACAUACCAUAAAGACAAGAUAUUUAAUGUUGAAACUGAUAAUCUUUAUUGUUUUUUGCAAAUAUUCAGUCAUGUUGAAUUUGAUUCUUGCAACACAGUUGGGACAGGGGCCUGUUUACCUCUGUGUUACAUCAUCUUUCCUUAACAACACUCGGUGAGGUUUGGGAACUGAGGACAGUAACUGUUGAAGCUUUGUAGGUGGAAACCUUUCCCAUUCUUGCUUGAUGAACAACUUCAGUUGCUCAACAGUCCGAAGUCUCUGUUGUCAUAUUUUGUGCUUCAUAAUGCACCAAACGUUUAUAAUGGUAGACAGGUCUGGACUGCAGGCAGGUCAGUCUGGUAUCAGAACUCUUUUACUACAAAGCCACGCUGUUGUAACACGUCCAGAAUGUGGCUGGGCAUUGUGUCUUGCUGAAAUAAGCAGAACGUCCCUGAAAAAGACGUUGCUUGAAUGACAGCAGAUGUUGCUCCAAAACCUCACAGAUGGUCAAGUUACCCAUGAUGCCAUGGGCACUAACACACCUCCAUACCAUCACAGAUGCUGGCUUUUCAACUUUGGUCUAAUGACAAUCCAGAUAGUCCUUUUCAUCGUUGACCAGGAGAAAAUGACGUCCAUGAUUUAUAAAAACUAUUAAGAUGUGGGCUCGUCAGAACACUUUUCCUCUUUAGGUCAUUCUAUCUCAGAUGAGCUCGGGCCCAGAGAAGCUGGCGCUGUUCCUGUUGAUGUUCUGUUAGGGUUUUAUCUUGCGCUUGUAGAUGUAGCGACGAACUGAGUUAACUGGCGAUAGUUUCCUGAGGAGUUCCUGAGCCCAUGUGGUAAUAUCUGUUACAGAAUGAUGUCUGUCUGUAAUGCAGCACCUUCUAAGAGAUCAAAGGUCACGGGCAUUCAGUGUUGGUUUUCUGCCUUGCUGCUUACGUGCAGAGAUUUCUCCAGAUUCUCUGAAUCUUUUGAUGAUAUUAUGGACUGUAGAUGAUGAAAUCCCUAAAUUCCUCACAGUUGUAAAUUGAGAAACAUUGUUCCCAAACUGUUGGAGCAUUUGCUCACACAGUUGUAACCUGUGGAAUGUUCCAAACAGGUUUUCUUUGAGCGUUUCUUAACUAUCCCAGUCUUUUGUUGUCGCUUUCCCAGCUUUUUUGAAACGUCUUGCAAGCAUCAAAUUCUAAAUGAGUGAAUAUUUGCAAAAAAAUAAAGUUUAACAGUUCAAACAUUAAAUCUCUUGUCUUUGUAGUUUAUUUGGGUGCAUAUGAAUUAAACAGGAUUUGCAACUUAUUCUGGUUUUUUAUGUUUUACGCAACGUCCCGACUUAAUUGGAAUUGGGGUUGUAGAUCAGCAAGGUUGUUAUAUUUUUCUGACUUAUCUUUAUUUCCCAACUAUCCAAUUCCAAAAACGUUUCAUUUACAUAACACAUCCAAAAUCAAGCUAUUCUAAAAAAUAUCAGCAACUCAUUAAAAUUUUAGAUUCCUACUGGGUUUAUCUUAUUAAAUAGGUUUUCCAAAUGGUUUGGAAGUGCACACAGUAAAUCCUACUAAAAGGUAUUUGGAAGAAGUUUCAUUAACAGGUUUUAGUGCAUGCCACAAAAAUCCUUAUUUUAGACUUGUUAAGCUUGUAUAUCUGUGAAGCACUGCCUAUUAUUAGGUUUAUUAUAUUCUAUUAAUAAUUUUCUUUGCCGUGAAAAAGCAUUUACCUUAUUACAGAUUUCGGCAUUUUCUGUGUCAUUUACAUUUUUCAGACCAUCAGACAAAUGUUUAUAUCAGACAAUAAUAACCAGAGUAUAUACAAAAUGCAGUCUGCAAGUGAUGAUUUUAAAAUCUAUCCAAACCAACCUGGCCCUAUGUGAACAAGUAAUUACCCCCUAAACCUAAGGACUGGUUAUUCCACCCUUAGCAGCAACAACUGCCAUCAAGUGUUUGAGGUAACUCGAAACGGGUCUUUUCCAUCACUGUAGAGGAACUUUGGUCAACUCUGCUUUGUAGAAAUAUGCUAAUUCAGCCACAUAAGAGGGUCUUUCAUUGUGAACAAUGAAAUACCACAGCAUCUUCAUUGGAUUUCAGUCCAGACUUUAGCUAGGCCACUCCAAAACCUUUUUUAACACGUUGGGAGGUGGACUUGCUGGUGUGUUUCGGACCAUAGUUCUACAGCAUUUGUCAAAUGCGCUUGAGCUCAAGAUCACACACUAAUGGACCUUCUCCUUCAGGAUUUUCUGCAAAAGAGCAAAAUUCAUUUUUUUCAUCAAUUACAGCAAAUCGUUCAGGUCCUGAGGCUGUAAAUCAGCCCUAGACCAUCACUCUACCACCACCGGGUUUUACUGUCAUUGUAAUGUUCUUAGAAUAGAAUAGAAUAGAAAAGAAUAGAAAAUAAAUAUCCUUUAAUGUCCCUCAGUGAGGAAAUUCAGAUAUACCAGCAGCAAAGUGACAGUCAAAAUGACAGCCUGCAGGCUCACACAAGGUAAAAUUUUAAAAACAAAAAUAAGAAAUAGUAAAAACAUCAUCAGACUAUUUUCAAAAAAUAGAAAAACCGCAGGGAUGUAAACACUUAUUGAGCUUGUUGGGAACAGUGAUGGUUACAACGUCCAACAGCUGCUGGGAGGAGGAUCUGGGAUAAUUCUCCUUUGUGCACCUAGGAUGCAUGAUGUAUAUAGCUGGACUUACUUUUGUUGGAUUGAGGGUUGUAGUUGCAUUUAGCAAUUGUUUUUUGUUGCGUCGGCAAGGGUGAUGGAGUCAGAAUCCCACAUAGCUGAAGCUGUAUGCGUUGUGGACUUUGCAGACAUUGAGGCAGAAGGUUUUUUAUUGCUGGUCUCAUCUGCUUGUCUCCAGAUGAGUGGAAUUAGUUAAAUAGUUUAAACCGUGCUGCAUUUGAUGAAAAGAUUCAAGAAUUGGUGGAUUUAAUUAAAAAUCUGACUACAGAGACUUAAUUUCAGAUUCAGAUUUAAUUGUUCUUGGUCAGCUUACCUUGUUGGUCAGCUUACCUUGUUGGAUCGGCGGAAAUUACAACUGGAAGCUAAAACAUAUUUUCAGCUACAGAUUAACCAUAAAAUAGCUCUUGAGGAAGAGAAUGCAUCAAAAGUUGAGCUCUCAGAACUGAAGAAACUGAAGCAGAGAUUGAAGUUCUGAAGACAUGUGUUAUCAGGGCGGCUGCACCCCAAAGGGAGAAAUCCCCACUUCCCAGGUAAAAUCCUUGCAUGAUCCCUCCAAGCGGCAGGUUCACUCAUAGCAAGAGACAGAUUCAGAAAACAGUUACGCAGUUUGUAACACAGAACCUAGAGCACAGUAUGUUUCCAAAGUUAGUACAAAGACUCCAAGUGUUGAACUUACCCAAGGUACUUCUACAGAUCCUAGGGCAAGUGUUGGAAGAUGGACUGAUUUCAGUGGUGCCCUGCCCCACCCUGUUGCUAUGGACAGUCAUGUAGAGGACCAGCUGUCAGACUUCCCAUCAAUGUCAACAGCCUGAUUUGUCAGAAGAUGGGUUAAACGGAUGUGGUCAGAUGGUCUUUGUACUCAUUUGUAUGGAACAUAGAGCUUCUUAAACCAGAUAGUCAGUAGUCAAAUUUUAACGAUUAGCUCAAACGCUGUCUCCUUGACCUGCCCUUUCUCCCUUCUCGUGAGAAACUGAAGCUCAUUUGAAAAACAACAGUUAAGAGUGUUCAUGUGUUCAUUGGAACUCUUCCCACAGAGAUUCAUGUAAAUUAUUCAGCUCCUUGUCAAGCUUUAAGAGAAGAGUAUUCUGUACACAUAGAUAAAUAACAAAAACACAAUCUAAAGCAAAGGGUAAUAUUGAUGGUAGAGUUUAGAGCCACCCCAAAGAAGUGAUCAUAAAGAAGGAGUUGGAGGUGUGUUGUUACUUUGGUAAUGGCGUACAUGGCAAACAGUCAUGGUGAGUCACUAAAAUCUGGAAACGGCUCUCAAAUUGAUCACAUCUAAUUUCUAAAACCCUCUAUCCUGUCUUAUCCUUUACGUUCUAAUCGUUUUCAUACUUAAGAUAUGAUGGUUGAACAGCAGUAUUAUGAUGGUGUGGAGAUUCUGAUUUGAACUUUAUGCUGGUUAAAUAAAGGUUAACUAAAAUAAAAUAAAGUCCUAUUGAGAUUAAAAACCUUUUUUUCAAGGGAGUGCUGGCCAAAGGCAGCAACAAGUAAAAUGCAAUUAUUGUUACACAGUUAAAAAGAAACAAUGAACUAUGUACAUGUUAUAUUAUACCGAAGCUUUAUUCUUUAACACAGCUGUCCUGGGUUCCAUUACUGACCCCGUACCCUAGUUAUGUCUUGAUUCUGCAGGUAUUCCUUCUAAUCAGGCUGUCAGUAUGGUUAAUCACAGUUAGUUCAGGAUUCACCAUGGUGGGCAAUUACUUUUUCACAUAAAGCCAGGUCAGUUUUAUAGUUUUUAUUUUUAUUAUUUUAGAAAAGCAUUUUGUAUUUACUCAGCUUAUAUUUGACUGUGUGAUACUGACAUUAGUUUGAUGAUUUGAAACAGAAAAAAACAAAAACAGAAGAAAUCUGUAGUGGGGCAAAUACUUACAGCAAUAUUUGUAAACUAUCAAACACUAAGCUAACUAUUUUCAUUAUUUGGCACAAAUCAGACUAAUAUCAGUUUUUAUGCGGUGUCGUUCCACCUAGCAGUAAUUAGUAUUAUGUCUCCAGUGUAUGCAACAUUUUGAUUGUAAUGACUAGGUGUUUCCUGCCUGGUGUGAAACACUUAAUGAAGGAGUAUACCUCCAAUGUGUACUGUCGCUUACCAACCCUGCAGGUUUUAUUCCUAACUUCAAGGUUACCUGUUAAGUUAUUUGUUAAUGAAGUGCAGUGCUGUGCUUCUCCUUUAUGUCAUUGAAUUAAAGAUGUCUGUGUGUUUGGUAGAUGGGACUUAGCAAGGUAGUUCUAUGAAAAGUUGGACAAAACACUGCCACCAGCAUCAUUUCUCUGUUGAAGUUCCUUUGGUCAGUGCAUGUUUAAGAGAUUCUCUGAAGACUCUCCUGCAAGUGCAGGUUAUGAUGGAUUAGAUAUUUAUCUGUGUUGGUUAGUUUUCUUUGUUCUCCUGCCACUCCUCUCUGUAUGUGCCGAGUAAAACCAGAAUGUCUGUUUUCUAUACUAGAAAUAGAUGGAUUUUUUUUUUCACGAAGUGUAAACCAAUAAAUAGUUAAUUGUUACAGUA